UCAAACAUGCCUGUCGCGGAUUUAUGCGUCAUCUUUUAAAGACGAUAGAUGCUAGCGGGUACACGCGUUGUUUUGGUGUUGGUCAGAUGCCGAGUAACUGGUGAGGUUGGUUGGUUUCUUCAUGGCAAAUGGUUGUAAAGAGGCGCUUUUCGCGCGUGGAAUGGGCAAAAGUGAAGAUUCUGACAUUUGGGAUGAUACAGCUUUGAUAAAGGCGUACGAUAAAGCUGUCGCAUCAUUCAAGAAUUCUUUGAAGGAGGAGGAUAAUGUGGAGUUACCCAAAGAGAACAAGCCUGGAAAGAAACGGAAAAACAACAAAAAGAACAGGAGCAGGAAGAGGAGCAAUGCCAUCCCUGAAAAAGAGUGGAGAGUUGGGGACCCCUGCUGUGCAGUGUGGUCUGAGGAUGGCAACUUGUACCCAGCCACGAUCACCUCAAUAGAUCAGGGAAAGGGGACCUGCACUGUUGUGUACACUGAUUAUGGAAACGAGGAAGAGCAGAAGCUGUCAGACCUUCUGUCGGAGAAUUCUGAAGUGGAGGACAGAGCCCAAACAACUGCACAGGAGAAGGAGGCCCAGUCUUCCACAGAGGAGAGUGACCAGUCUUCAACGCUACCUCUGCCUAGUCACCAGCACAGAAACAGGUUCCGACCCAAAGUCAGAGCCUCUCCAGGACGUCCCACAUGGGGCUCCGGCCUCCCUCCAGCCCCUCCACAAGGACCUGGCUUCAGAUCAACUGAAUCGAAACGUGCUGGUCCUGGACAAUCUUUCCCUGGGUGGCAUCCCAUGAUGGCCUUUGGACCACCAAUGAUCCCACCGCCCCCUCCUGUGACCCCGGACUCCCUGGAGGACGAUGAGGCCCUGGGCUGCAUGCUGAUAUCCUGGUACAUGAGUGGAUACCACACCGGCUACUACCUAGGACUGAAGCAUGCCCGUGAGGCGGCUGCCUCAGAGAAGAAGUCUGACCACAGGUGAAGAGCUCAGAGGUUCCGGUCCUUCCCUGGUAAUUCAUGCGUCUCGUUUAGGUGUGACACAACCUCAAACAUGGGGCAGUGGGGCAGGGAGAGUUGCUGAUCAUUCCAAACAUAAAACAAUA